AGGAGGAGGAGGGGGCAGCCGCCGCCGCCACCACCGGGAGCCGCCGCCGCCGCCGCGGGGGGAGGCGUGCCCGCCUGGGGCUGAGCCGCUGGUGCAGCAGGCCCCGCUCCCGGGGCCGCCCGACGGCCGAGGGCCCGCCGCCGCCUCCCGGCCCAGCGCCCCGCCGCUGCACGGCCCCUGCGCGCUGUCCCGGAGCGGCCCCCGGCUGCCAGACAUGACCGCCAUCAUCAAAGAGAUCGUCAGCAGGAACAAAAGGCGAUACCAGGAGGAUGGCUUCGACCUGGACCUGACCUAUAUUUAUCCAAACAUAAUUGCUAUGGGUUUUCCUGCGGAGAGGCUUGAAGGAGUAUACCGGAACAACAUUGAUGAUGUCGUAAGGUUUUUGGAUUCAAAGCAUAAAAACCAUUACAAGAUAUACAAUCUAUGUGCUGAAAGACAUUAUGACACCGCCAAAUUUAACUGCAGAGUUGCACAGUACCCUUUUGAAGACCAUAACCCACCACAGCUAGAGCUUAUCAAACCAUUUUGUGAAGAUCUUGACCAAUGGCUAAGUGAAGAUGACAAUCAUGUUGCAGCAAUCCACUGUAAAGCUGGAAAGGGACGAACUGGUGUAAUGAUAUGUGCAUAUUUGUUGCAUCGAGGCAAGUUUUUAAAGGCUCAAGAAGCCCUAGAUUUCUAUGGGGAAGUAAGGACCAGAGACAAGAAGGGAGUGACAAUUCCAAGUCAGAGACGCUACGUGUACUACUAUAGCUACCUGUUAAAGAAUCACCUCGAUUACAGACCAGUGGCACUGCUCUUUCACAAGAUGAUGUUUGAAACAAUUCCCAUGUUCAGCAGCGGAACUUGCAAUCCUCAGUUUGUGGUGUACCAGCUAAAGGUAAAGAUAUUCACGUCCCCUUCAGGACCCUCAAGACGUGAAGACAAGUACAUGUACUUUGAAUUCCCUCAACCUUUGCCGGUAUGCGGUGAUAUCAAAGUGGAAUUUUUCCACAAACAGAACAAGAUGCUGAAAAAGGACAAAAUGUUUCACUUUUGGGUAAAUACAUUCUUCAUAGGACUGGAUGAAAAUUCAGACAAAGUAGAAAAUGGAAGUCUAGUUGCAGAUCAGGAACUUGAUGGUAUUUUCAGUACAGAGCGCUCAGAUAAUGAUAAGGAAUAUUUAAUCCUUACAUUAACAAAAAAUGAUCUAGACAAAGCAAAUAAAGACAAAGCCAACAGAUAUUUCUCUCCAAACUUCAAGGUGAAGCUAUUUUUCACAAAAACAGUAGAAGAGCCAUCAAAUCCAGAGGCUAGCAGUUCAACUUCUGUAACACCAGAUGUUAGUGACAAUGAACCUGAUCAUUAUAGAUACUCUGACACCACUGACUCUGAUCCAGAGAAUGAACCUUUUGAUGAAGAUCAGCAUACACAGAUUACAAAAGUCUGAAUAUUUUUUUUUUAUCGGAGAUAAAAAAAAACACACAGAAAAAAAACCAACCACGAAGAGUGACAAACUUGAAUAAACUGAAAAAGGACCUUUUUAAAUGGCAAAAGGACAUAGUGUCAGAUUACCAGUUAUAGGAGAACAAUUCUUUCCUGACCAAUCUUGUUUUACCCUAUAAAUCUACAGGGUUUGACACUUGUCCAGUUGGAGGAAAAAAAAAAA